AACGUUCUUCACAGGCUGCACAAAUCACUGGUCUGCGCAGAUCCCAAAAUGUCUGAGGUUCCAGAAGAGGACGUGAACGACCCCGAAUAUAUCGAGAAAUUGCUGUUGCGCGGCGCGAAGAAAUUGGUCGUGCUUCCUGGUGCAUCCUCGCAUGCUGCAUCUUUCCAGUUCGAGAAAGAAGAUCACACGAUGGGCAAUGCUCUGCGGUACUUUGUUAACAAGAACCCCGAUGUGGAAUUCUGCGGCUAUACCAUCCCACAUCCUUCCGAGACCAAAAUGAACAUUCGGAUACAGACGUGGGAGGAUACCGAGACAACAGCGGUCGACGCACUCAGAAAGGGUCUGUUAGACAUGAUCGCGGCUUGCGACGUGGUGUCAAAGAAAUUCUCCGAGGCGCGAGACGAAUUCAAUGCUUCAAAUUCAUGACCAUCUAUCACGAAACCCUAGGCGGUCGGGGAAGACAGGAUCUUGCAUUGGAAAGGCGCCCGGAGUGUCGGCAUGUUUUUGCUCUUUUCUUUCUAGCUAUGUACAAUCACCUCGACGGUGCUGGCAAGGUGGACAUCCGCAUCAGUUCCGGCCCUAGAAAGGAAAAAGAGUUAGCCAGGGGGAACAGCCUCAAUAGGUGUGCAGCAUUGUUUAAUGCAUACCUCCAAAAAGCCCUGGAUGAAAUUCUUCGGCAGUUUCGCGUUCUCAUCUUCAUCGACCCGGAAGUACUUCAUGAC